UGCCAGUAUAACGGUCAUUCUCAGUUUCAAAGCUAAACAAACAGACACUCCCGUAAACCCUACCAUUCCGUUGGCACUCUUCCCCAAGCUCCUAAAAAUUCUCCCUCCCUCCAUCUUUCUCUCUGCAUAAAACAAAAUCCUGAAAACCUUGCCAUAGACCCAAAAUCUGGUUUUAUUUUCCUCCUGCUCAGUGGCAAUCAUGCGAAGUAGAAGAUUGGGAGUUCAGGAAGUAAGCACUAAUAGCAGUAAUAAAGUAAGGGCUUUGAUAGAUAGGAGAUGCUUGGCUCCACUGGCGCUGAACGACGACGUAGAGAAGCCAGCGUGCUGUGCAGUGAACCAGCCAUACCAUAGGUUGCCUCAACAGCUCCACGUCAAUCUGUCCGUCCUCAAACUCGACGGUUCUCUCUUCGAUGUUUGCGUCUCCCAUAAUGCCACUGUAGCAGAACUCAAGUGGGCCGUAGAGGAAGUUUUUGCUUCGCGCCAGAAGGAAAUUUCAUGGUCGCAUGUGUGGGGGCACUUUUGCUUAUCUUAUGAUGAACAGAAGCUAAUUACUGACAAGGCAUGUCUUCCAAAAUUUGGGAUCAAGGAUGGUGAUCAGGUCUGUCACCUGUUUUUCUUACUGAUCUUUGGCGCAUUGGACUUGUUGAUUGCAUUUGCAAGAAGGAAGUAUUAUUUUAAGAUGCUUCAAUUCAUUCGGCAUAUGUCCAUCCAGAAUUCACCGUUCAGAGAAAGACCCAAGAACAAGUUUGCUUGCAAAUUGUUGUCGUUGUCGUCGUCAAAAUCAAAUGCUCAUGAAGAGAAAAAGGAGACUGCUGCAGGUGAUAUUAAUAUUGAUGAGAAUCAGGACAGUUCCAAGUGCAACAAUGGUUACAACGAAAACGAGGAGGAAGAUCCCAUACCAGAAUCCAAGUUUGCUAGAGUCUUUAGAGGGUGGCUAUCAACCUCCAGCUUGAGGUGCAUUGCAAGGAACGGAGCAGAGGGCAGGGGUCGAAGUACUUCAAGGUUUGCCCCGAAUUGCAUAGUAGGUGGAUCAGGGUCUAGUACUAAAUACAUAGGUUUAAAGCAUGGUAGAAAUGGACGUAAAAUGGGGUAGGGAUGGAUGGUCGGUCUCUCAAUAUGCCUUAUGAGUUAUGAGACCCAAGCUAACACGAAUUUUGAGUUCGAAGAAAGCAAAAAGCAAGACUGAUUAUUUUUAUGGUUGAAUCCAGUUGUGUAAAGCUUCUCACUAUUUAAUUUUAUUUUACUGCACUUCCAAUUC